CCUGCCUGUCCACGCACACCCCAUGCAGCCCGCCAGCACACCCACCAUGGAGUCCAGAGGCAAGUCGACCAGCAGCCCCAAGGCCGACACCAAGGCUGCUGCUGAGGCCCGAGCACCCACCGCUGCAGAUGGGAAAGCCCCCUCGGCUAAGCCAGGGAAGAAGGAGGCCCAAGUGGAGAAGCAGGAGCCUCCGGCGGCCCCCACCCUGCCACCUGCCAAGAAGACCCCGGCCAAGGCAGACCCUGCCCUCCUCAACAACCACAGCAACCUGAAGCCGGCCCCCGCAGCCCCCAGCAGCCCCGAUGCAGCCCCCGAGCCCAAGGGCCCUGGGGAUGGGGCUGAGGAGGGCGAGGCCCCCAGCGGGGGCCCAGGGGGCCAAGACCCCUGCCCUUUCGAGAACUUGACCCCCCUGUUUGUGGCUGGGGGCAUGGCUGUGGCAGCUGCAGCCCUGAUUCUUGGUGUGGCCUUCCUGGUCCGAAAGAAAUGAUGGCUGGUGCCCAGGUGGGGGCACAGCCACUUCCUGUACAGACCUCGGGAAUCUAGUGCAUGCCAAGUUCACACACAGCUAUCUAUACAUACGUAAUACAUAUACUUGUGUACCCCCCAUAUACACGCAGAGGAAGAGAGAGAGGGACAGGCCCCCUGCCAACAGUGGAAACCAACCUCCCUCGGUCGGUCAGUCCCCAGCACUUUCCCCUCCGAACCUGGGGGCAGAAGGAGCCCAGGCUCUGUGGGUUACAGAGCAGCACGGGUGGAG